CUUCCUAUGCGCUGAUUGGCUGCGGUGACAUCGAGUGAGGAAGAGACAGGGGUGAACGGGCACGGUGAACUUCAUACAAAUCCUCCUGGGCAACGAUGUCAGGCCGAAGAGUGGUAGUGUUCUUGUCGGCGGCGGAACUUGGGCCGGCCCUGGCCCAGCUGGUGGCCUCUCGAGCUGAGAAGGCCCUGAGCAGCGGAGCUUGUUCUUUUUCCCUGGGUCUCUCUGGGGGGAGUCUGGUGUCCAUUCUAAGUAAGGAGCUGCCUGCAGUGCCGAACCUAGACUGCAGCCGAUGGCUGGUGGGGUUCUGCGAUGAGAGGCUGGUUCCGUUUGAUGAUCCUGAGAGCACAUAUGGUCUUUACAAGAAUCAGUUGUUCUCCAAAAUCAACAUUUCAGAGGAUCGGGUUCUUGCAAUAGACCCCUCCUUACCAGUGUCGGAGUGCGCAGAUGACUAUGCCAGCAAACUCAGUAAGGCUUUCAAUACAGAACAAAUGCCAGUAUUUGAUAUGUUGUUGCUUGGCAUGGGACCUGAUGGACAUACAUGCUCGCUCUUCCCAGAUCAUCCUUUAUUGCAGGAAAGCCAGAAAACAGUGGCCCCCAUCAGUGACUCACCUAAACCGCCCCCUCAGCGUGUGACCCUCACACUGCCCAUGGUAAAUGCCGCACGUUGUGUGGUCUUUGUGUCCACUGGGGGCAGCAAAGCGCCUGUGCUAAAGCAAGUACUGGAGGGUGGACAGGGUCCAAUACUGCCUGCAGCCCUUGUUACACCCACUCAGGGAGAGCUUUUCUGGCUGGUAGAUGAACCAGCAGCAGCCUCCCUAACUCUGGAGGUGGAAAGACCAAGCCCUGGUGCCAAGUUAUAACUUGAAGAAUACACAAGGUCUCAUCCUCAUUGUGUCUACGCUGUUCCUGAGUUUUACAAAGAGAUGUACCUUAGUGGAUGACCAUCACUCUAGAAGGGAACACAGUUAUUCUUAGUGAAUAUGUUUACAUUCCAGUAUCCUCUGUUGGGACAAGUUGAAAUUAAGCACUGAAACUUUGUGAAGAAAACAUGGUUAAAGUAAAAACUGAAA